AUGAGCGGCACCGGCAACUACCUCACAUCUAUGCUCUCAUAUCUACGACUUCCCGUCCUCGCCUCCUCCACUCUCGCUGCUCUCGGCUCUUCCCUCCUAUACUUCAAGCAAAACGAUUUGAUCUAUCCCGCCAACCUCCCGACUGGCGCCCGCACCCAAGUGCCUACCCCACAGCAGUUCCAUAUCGAAAACGCAGAUAGCCUAAAUUUCCCCACCCCCGAUGGCGAGACUCUGCACGCCUAUCUCCUACGACCGCCCAAUGCCCAAUUACGGAAGAAUGUCACACUCGUUAUGUUUCACGGCAACGCCGGUAACGUAGGUCACCGUCUUCCCAUAGGCAAGGUUCUCUCCGAAUCUCUAGGCUGUCAUGUCUUUAUGGCUGAGUACCGCGGCUAUGGUCUCAGCACUGGAUCCCCUAACGAAGACGGCCUCACGAUUGAUGGGCAGACCGCUCUGGACUAUGUGCGCAACCACCCUGAGCUCAAGAACACAAGAAUCGUCAUUUACGGACAAUCGCUAGGCGGUGCCGUUACAGUAAAACUCGUGCACGCAAACCAAAACGCCGGAGUUAUUGCGGGCGUGAUACUGGAGAACACUUUCACAAGUAUCCGCAAGCUGAUCCCCACGGUCAUGCCGCCGGCGAAGUUCAUCGCGAGCUGGUGCCAUCAGAAGUGGGGCUCGGACGAAACGAUCGUCAAGAUGGCGGCAGAAGCAAAGAUCCCCUGGCUGUUUUUGAGCGGACGGCGGGAUGAGAUCGUACCGCCAGCCAUGAUGAAAACCCUUUUCGAAGCAUGUCCAACGCAGCGGAAAACAUGGAAAGAGUUUGCGAACGGCGACCACAAUUCGACCGUUGCAGAACCCGGGUAUUUCGAUGCGGUCUGGGCCUUUCUGGUGCAAGAGGUGAUCGGCGAGCCCAGCAGAGGCGACACGAAACUUCAAACAGCCGAGACAGAUGUGCGAAAGGAAGAACUCUGGAGUUGA